UGUGUGUGUUUGUUCCGACAGGAUAUGAAAGGAUUAUUGUGUGAGUCAGUGUAUAAGCCUGAUAGUGCUUGUUUGUUUGUGUGUAAGCCUGUGUUGAUUCACAUGGGGAUAUUAUGCUUCUGUUAUUACGCACACGUGAAGCUGAUUAGUGCACACAGUCACUGUGCAGCCGAGGAACAAUACGCAUAUAGCUCAGAUCAGCGCAGAGACACUACCAAAAACUACAGAAUGUGUAGUCUGGAUGAGGUUCCAUUUAAAGUUGCUCUGGACUCUGUGGAGUUGGGUCAGAAAGAGCCAGUCACAGCUCCUGAAUUUAAGAUCCCAGACUGUGUUCAAAUACUGCGUGAUACAAAGUAUUCAUUCACUCUGGAGAAAAAGAUCAUGGCUGCAUGGGAAGAACAGCAGUGGAAGAACAGGAAAGCCAAAAAAAUGCCCCAGAGUGUGUGUCCCACCUGCCCGCCGUAUUGGCUGAUGUUCAGCAGCCCACAGCAGAGCCGCAGGGGGCACCUCAGAAGUGCAGAAUUAUGGGAACUGGGCCCACGCCCCUGCAGUUUAAGCCUCAGUGCUGCUGACUCGCGGUGUACGUCCGCGGACGUCCGCAGGACUACAGGAUGCUUCAGCAGAUCUUCUGUGCGCUUUGAGUCAGGAAGAGAGGGAUCUUCUUGA